UCAACGAAUCCUUUGAAUGAUCCUUGUUCUUGGCUCGAAGAAGAAGAGAAACCCGCAGCAACGAUUUCCUUCUCUCGGGAUCCACCUCUCUUCCAAGGAUCAAUCGGUGCCAGAUCUCGCAAAGACCCAGCUCCAAAAAUCCCUCGACCAAAAAUCCAAAAAUCCGCGAGAUCCGAGGAGAUUUCACCCUCUACAGCUCGCUCCUAGCUCAAUGCAGCGCCGCCAGAUGCCUCGCCGCGGCACGGCGGAUCCAUGCCUUGAUCCUACGCGAUCGAUACAACUCAGAGCUGGUCCUCAACAAUCUAGCCGUGAGGAUGUUUGGCGCUUGCGGUGGAUUGGACGAAGCAAGGAGUCUCUUUGCGAGAAUUCGUCCCAGGAACGUUUUCUCAUACAACAUCAUGCUUGGCGCACUUGCCCAAAACGGGCAUCUUUACGGCGCAAGGAAUCUCUUUGAUCUGAUGCCUGGAAGAACAGAUGUGUCGUGGACUGCCAUGAUUUACUCUUAUGCAUCCACCGGGGAAGUCUCGCUAGCGAAAGAAAUCUUCGAUGAAAUUCCCGAAAAGGAUAGGAUUUCAUGGAACGCGAUGAUCACAGCAUAUGCCCAAGCUGGGUAUUGUUACGAGGAUCUUGAGAUGCUCAGAAACAUGGAUUUGGAGGGCCUUCAGCUCGACAACAUAACAUUCAUCAGCAGCAUAAAUUGCUGUUCCACUGUCGGCUGCCAGGUGACGGGGCGACAGCUCCAUGAUGAUGUCGUUGAUUUGGGCCUCAUGGCGCAUGUCUCCGUGGCCACUGCCUGCGUUAGCAUGUACGGGAAGUUUGGUCGGGUCGAGAAAGCCACUGAGAUCUUUGACAAAAUGCCGCAAAAGAAUGUCGUGUCGUGGACGACAAUGGUUGCAGCAUAUGCCCAGAAUGGGCAUCUUGAAGAAGCGAGAGAAAUAUUUGAACGGGCGCCACAGCGAAACGAUGUUACGUGGAAUGCAAUGUUGGCGGCUUUCGUGCAGGGUGGACGGAUUUAUGAAGCAGGAGCAAUGUUUGAUUUUAUGCCCAUGCAAAACGCUUCUACGUGGAACACGCUGAUUGCGGCGUUUGGCCAGAGCGGGGAUUUGGAGGAAGCCACGGACUUGUUCCAUCGAAUGCCGCUGCCGAAUCUGAUAUCUUGGAACACCAUCAUCUUUGCAAAUGCCCAAAACGGGCGUGGAGAGAAUUCCAUCAAGCUGCUGAUGAGAAUGGAUGUCGAGGGACUUCGUCCAAACCGAGUGACACUUCUUGCUGUUCUAACAUCGGAAACACCGAUCUGGGAAGAAUGGUCCUCUCAAUUGUCGAGGAAAUGGAGUUUACACACCAAGUUGCGAUUGCUACCGCAUUACCCUCUUAGGGAUUUCAUCGCUGCGAGAGACGAGAGCUCUCCACGCGAUGAUCCUCGAGAGUGGAUUCCUCUCCGACGUGAGCGUCGCCACUGGGCUUGUAAACGUCUACGGGAAAUGUGGCAACAUAUCCGAGGCUACCACGAUCUUUCAUGGCAUGCGCACAAAGCCUGGAGCGCCAUGAUAACGGCAUAUGCCCAGAAUGGGCAUAACAUGUCAGCCUUGACGUGCUUUGGGCUCAUGCAGCAGCAGGGUUUCAUACCGGAUGCCGUGACGUUUGUGGCCGCCAUAUCAGCUUGCAGCCACGCGGGGCUUGUGGAGACCGCUCGAGGCUACUUUCUCUCGAUGCAAGUGGACUUCAUGAUUGAUCCAAUCUGCGAGCAUUUUGGGUGCUUGAUCGAUCUGCUGGGCCGAUCUGGGAGGUUGGAAGCUGCACAGGAAUUGAUCAAGUGCAUGCCGUUUUUGCCGGAUUCUAGCAGCUGGACGGCACUCUUGAAUGCCUGUUGCAUACAUGGCGAUCUCACUAGAGCCUCGAGCAUUGGUGAUUUGAUAAUUGACAUGCCGGGCUGUGACGAAGCUGGGCCUUAUGUGCUGCUUUCUAAUGUUUACAGCGUCCUAGGAGAGCGAGGGAAAGCUGCAAGAGUCCAAGAGAUUCUCUCCAGAAAAAUAAGUAAAGGUCUAACGAUAGUGGAUAUACCUAGAAUUUCGUAGUA